AUGGGCUGGCUUCUCCGUCUCUUUCGCUCUGACUUCUUUGACGCCUUCAUGGCAGUCACUUACCUCUAUCGGUACCGCGAGUCGCGCGGCGUCCAUGACUACCUCUGCAACGAGUUGUACCAUCUUUCCGAUGCAGACCUCGAAGCAUUCAUGCCGCAAGUCUGUAACUUGCUCGUCUAUCAUGCACGCGACUCGCCAGGCCUCGAGAGGUUUAUCAUGGACAAAUGCGCCGACUCCAUGCACAUGGCUCUCCAGGUUUUCUGGUUUCUUCAAGCGGCUGUUGAGGAUGCCGCGAGAGCUGGAAAUAAGACUGCGGAGGCACGCGUCAAGCUCUUGCGGACGCGAUGCGAGACAGCCGCUGUAAACGGCUCCCAUCAUGCCAUGUUAGCAGCUGCGGCAAAGCGACUCUCAUCGACCCUUGUUGCUACUGAGUCGCCUUUUUCCCCAAGGAGAAGGGAAGUCUCUGGUAUCACCCUUUUUCCGUCAUCAAGCGCUUCGCAGCUGAGUGUCAAGGGACUAAAACUCACCGCUGCUGUGCGAAAGGUCCACGUUGACAAGGAGGAACGUGAAGUAGGGUCCGACGUGCACAGGCCUGUGAAGAAUGGUACCCAACGAAAAGACGAAUGCGGCGAUAUUGAUCAAGAUCAAAUUAGUCGUAAUGAAGCCAGUGAUGCUGAUGACCCCAAUGAUGAGAAUUGCGGCGAAGACACCGAUGAUGUCAAGCAGCUCGCUGCAACGUUAAAGAAAGCGUCGGUUGCUCAGGAAGAUGAAGAAGCGGAGGGCGACGAAAUCGUGUUGGCCGCCGCCGAACAAACUACCGAAAGUGACGUUCCCAAUGAACAUAGCUCUGAAAAGAUCGAGCGGCGAGAAAAUGGGAUUGAUUCUAUUGCUGAUUUCGACCCCGUUGCUUUACUAACUAUGAAGCAAGAACGCUUCGAUUAUUUUAACGAUUCGAUUUCGAUAGCGAACGAAUUUGUUCGUCUGUCAAUGACCACAAAGGACCUGCCACAAGAACAACGACAAUCCCAUCUCUCCAAUGGGCUGAACAAUAUCAAUGAUAUUCUUCUGCGAAGAAUGAAAGGGGAAUCUGGAAUACCAUUGAUACACGAUUCUCCGGUUCCGAGUGCCGCGGAAGUGGCAAAACUCGGACUAAGCGCAGCUCUGAGAAGCGUGCACUUGCCACUUACAAGAGCAAGUUCUCAAGCGUUGCGAAUUCUCAGAGUCAACUCGGAAGAGGCCGUAAUAUUAACUUCUCGAACACGCGCGCCUUACCUAGUCAACAUUGAAGUUCUCCCAACAGACAUGGUUUGUUCGGACAAGCUACUAUUCUGUGAGCAGCGUAUUGUUAAACCGACAAAGCAGGUAAGGGAAGCAUACUCAGAAUCAAAUGCGAAUCCGCAUCAUUCUAGUAUGGGCGAAUCAAACCCUGCAACCGCUCAUCAGACUGAGCAAGAAAGCCAAGUAUCUGAGUUGAACACACCGUCAUCAACUAAGAGUGAAGCCCGCCGCUCAUUGCAUGUUCGACGACUCAGUGAAAUGACACCGGCAGAAAGACAAAAAGCGAAUGUCCGGAAGAGCAUUUAUGGUGAUGCAUAUUGCAGGCAGCCAGAUGUUUUCAGUGAGGCAGAGAAGUUGUCAGACUUAGCCGACUUGUCUCGCACAGAUAGUGCAGAAUACAAGGCACGCCAGGCUGUUAUUUUGGGCGUUUAUGGGGAGCUUUGGUCGUGGAAGGAGGAACGAAUUUUGUCCAAGUCCCCUUUUAAGGAUCUUCAGAAUACGCGCCUCAUGCCCUUCAUUGUGAAAGCUGGUGACGAUUUGAGACAAGAGCAACUCGCCAUCCAAUUGAUUUCCCAGUUCUAUAGCAUUUUCCAAGAAGAGAAUGUGGAUGUCUUUUUGCGUCCCUUCACCGUAAUGAGCGUGUCAUCAGAAGCUGGGUUUGUCGAAGUGAUUCCAGAUUCCGUGUCUGUGCAUUCGCUGAAGAAGAGAACACCCAAUUUUGUUUCGUUACUGGACUACUUCGAAAGAGCUUUUGGUUCCAUCGGUACUGAUUCUUUCCGUGCCGCACAGCGAAGAUUUAUUCGUUCGAUGGCGGCCUACUCUUUGGUAACGUACUUUUUGCAGAUCAAGGAUAGGCACAACGGGAACAUCAUGAUUGAUGUUAAGGGACGAAUUAUUCAUAUCGAUUUCGGAUUUAUGCUCACAAAUUCCCCAGGCGCGAUAAAGUUCGAGAACGUGCCGUUUAAGCUGACAGAAGAAUAUUUGCAGGUGAUCUGCGCCAAGAAGAACGUCCUAGAUCUUGCAGAGUCAUCCAAGACGGAAGGAUAUCGAUACUUUCAAGAAUUAUUCGUGAUGGGCCUUCUUGCAGCACGAAAGCAUUACGAGAAGAUCACAACAUUGGUCGAAAUUAUGACUGAGGGCACGACAAUGCCGUGCAUGACGGGGGGUCACUCAAUCGUGGAGCAUCUGCGAAGCAGAUUUGCCGUGGGCAUGCCAGAAGAGCAGUGUAUCAAUUUUGCUCUUGGACUAAUUGAAGAAUCAAGGCUAUCGUGGAGAUCGGCAAGCUAUGAUCGCUUCCAGGCAUAUUCCAACGGCUACCGAUAG